CAAGAGGUGCCUCCUCUCAAAAAAGACGCGCAACGCCUGCAGUGCCCAGCCAGGCAUUAUUGCAUUGCCUCUACUCGUUUGCGCAGCAGGCGCUUGUCUAUCUAUUCUUCCUCCUCGUCCUUCGUUUCUGCUGUAGCUAUCGUGUCUUUAUUUUACAACUAAGUACCCACUGCCUGCCACGCCCAAAUCUCCACCUUGACCUCCAUCUCCGACCUUGCACCUCUCCAUCGCCUGAAACAGUUAGCGUCUAGCUCCAAGGGUGAAGAGAUAAGGUCAACAUUUUCCCCGAAACCAGCGAAUACGACUCUGCACCCUGACAGCCGGCAAGGGCGUCUGUCGUGAUAUAUUGUCUCUCCACGCCCCAAAGUCGUGUUCCCUCUGUACCCUCGAGUCGUCGCCGCCGCCGUCCACCGUCUUCCUCAACUUCUCUCUGCGCCGCCACCUGGCCCGCGCCCGCCCACGAUGCUCACCUUCAAGAAAGCCCUGGUGCUGUCGCUCGCAUGCCUCACCCUCUUCUUCAUCUUCAAGUCGCAUCAUUCGAGCAGCACCACGCCCACCUUCCGCAAUGCAAAGGACCUGCCCCGCCCGAGCACCUGGGUGAACCCAAAGACGCCAAAAACACCAAAAGCCGCUCCAGAAGCCGCCAAAGACAAGGCAAAGCAGACGGACAAGACGAAUUUGGCCUUCAACAUGCCCGAGGCCCCGUCAAGAAAGCCCAAGUCGCAGACGCAAUUCAGCGCCGACGAGCUGAGGCAACGGCCGCUCAAGGACCAGCUAGAAUACCAGUUCCCCUACGACGUAGACGGGAAAACACCCGCAUACAUUUGGCAGACGUGGAAAAACACACCAGCACAGGGCGAAUUUGAGGAGAUGUUCCGCGAGCCAGAGGCCAGCUGGUCCAUCCACCACCCGUCCUUUGUACACGAGGUCAUUACCGACAAUGUCGCUGUGCACUUGAUCAGGCAUCUCUACGCCUCUGUGCCCGAAGUCCUAGAUGCAUACAACGCUCUACCGCUCCCCGUACUCAAAGCCGACUUCUUCCGCUACCUCAUCCUGCUCGCCCGCGGCGGUAUCUAUUCCGACAUCGACACGUCAGCCCUAAAGAGCGCGGCAGAUUGGAUCCCCCAUGACGUGCCCGCAAAUUCUUAUGGCAUGGUCAUUGGCAUCGAGGCUGACCCGGAUCGCCCAGAUUGGGCCCAGUGGUACUCUCGCCGCAUCCAGUUUUGCCAAUGGACAAUUCAGUCAAAACCCGGUCAUCCCAUCCUCGUCGAUGUCGUAGCAAACAUCACCCAAGAGACGCUGAAGCGCAAGAACGCCGGUACCCUCACCAAGGACAACAAGGGCAUCAUCGAGUUCACGGGUCCUGCCGUCUGGACGGAUAGCAUCUUCUCCUUCUUCAACAACCCCGACUACUUCGACAUGAGCACAAGCAAGGGCAAUAUUACCUGGGAGAAUUUCACGGGCAUGAAGGCGCCGAAGAAGGUUGGCGAUGUCAUCGUUCUGCCCAUUACGAGUUUCAGUCCUGGUAUCAAGACUAUGGGUGCGGGCGGCGAGGACGAUCCCAUGGCUUUUGUCAAGCACAACUUUGAAGGCACCUGGAAGCCCGAGAACGAACGCCAUGUUGGCGAGAUCUUUGCUUGAGUGCAGACGAGACGAA